GUUUAGUUCGCGAUCGUCGAUCGACGAGUGCGCACCUGGCAAAAUGAAGUUUACCACGAGUUUGAUUGUUGUGCUGGGCUUGAGCUGCUUCUGCAGUUCGUGGGUUCAAGCUGCCGUCUCCGAGACCAGCGUGAAUCACAAGUUCCCGGGCAAGACGUUCACGGCGUCGAGCGACUCGCCCGCCCAGAACUCGACCAUCGUCUACGCCUCGUGCUCAUUGGAAAAUGAACAAGCUCUAUCGGCCGACUGCGAACUCGUCGCCGAGACUCUGCUACCCGACGACCAGAGCCAGGGUCAGAUGUGCCGCAUGAAACUCGGCGGCAGCCCCGACAAGCUCGAGCACAUCCUCAUCGAGAGUCUCCAGGUGGUCUGGUUGGCUCGUCAGCGUGCCCUGGUGGGCUGGCUCGCCACCGCCGGCCAAGGCCGCACCAAUCAGUACGUCCUGCGCGGCCUGAUCGUCGACAUGCCGAGCUGCAGGCAGCGCGAGACCCCGAACUUCGUCAACGCGUUCGGCGGCCACGAGAGACGCUACGCCGUGACGAAUCGCGGCUUCAACGUGCUGUACAGCGGACCCGAUCUGACCCUCGCAACGGUGGCCUUCGACGAUGCCGGCAGACGCUCCGACUACUACUCGCUGGCCCGCGGACCCAAUGAUCUGGGCACCCUCGAGUCCAAGUUCUUCCCCAUCGAGGGCGGCAACAAAGGAUUCCUGCUGCUCCAGUCGGACUUCAACGCCGACGUUCAAGUUAGCGUGGUCGCUCCCGAUGCUACGAAAAAGAUCCUGGCCUCGUACAAGGAGGCCUACGGCUACAACAAGCCCGGCGUCGACUACACCGUGGGCUCCACGGCCCACCAGAGAAUCGGCUACUGCGUGCACAGCCACGAGCGCAAGACCCACUGCGCCCAGCACGACCUCCAGGGCAAGCAGCUCGCCCGCACCGUCCUGCCCUUCGACUACAACAUCUACGGCACGGCGAUGCACAAUCUGCCCCAGGGUGGCUUCCUGCUGCUGACGACGCGCUGCGACGAGGCCACCUUCAUGGCGACCAAGUGCGACCUCGACAAUCUGCCCAAGGACAACGAGGCCGAGCUCGAGCGCGUCGUGCGCCGCGGCAGCUCGCACGAGAUCACCAAGGUCGACGCCGAGGGCAGGAUAGUGGGCAGCUUCCGGGCGCCGCGCUUCCAGUGCGGACUCACCGCCCACCUGGUCCGAGCCCAGUUCUACGAGCAGCAGGACGGCAAGCAGGGCCAGUGUCUGGUCGUCGUCUGCCAGAGCAAGUACGAGGGCUUCGAGGGACUGCGCGCCAAGAGGAUCUGCUUCGACGAUCGCGACUUCGUGCCGCAAUAAGAGGAGAGCUUACAUUCUGUUAGCUCGUUUUGUUUUCUUGUGCACUGUUUGCAUCCUAUAACGCAAAUAAUGCAACCGAUGCGCGCCAUCCGACGUACACACACACACACAAACAUUUGUUAUCGCGAAUGAUGUUAUAUCGAACACUAUAUCUUGCAGUAUUACAUCGAUUAUCGUAAACAUUUAAUCAUUAAGUAAUGAUAAACGUCGCCAGACAACAACAAUUAACCUUACCAAGAUAUUGUUAAUCGUCGAUUAUAUGUAUUAAAGACUCAAUUUUUUUUAUACCGAUUCAGAGGCUCUUUUUUA